GUCGCACGGACCGGACCGCCGCACGGCAUUCCGGCUGCCACCAGCGCUGACUACAGUCGACUACCAGAUACUCGCUGCACGACACAGUUGUCAAAUUAAACAAAAAUGUCCGUCUCCGAAUUCAGAAGGAAGAAACUCCUGUUCGUUUUCAACGUAUUUUUCGAUGUCAAUCAAAGUGGAACAAUAGAAAGGAAAGACUUUGAAUUGGCUAUAGAGAAAAUUUGCAGUCAGCGAGGUUGGAAGCCAGGCGAUGCCAAGCAUACGGAGACACAUGAAGUUAUGAUUAAGAUUUGGGAUGGUUUACGGAAGAGAGCCGAUUCUAAUAAAGAUGGACAGGUAUCUGUAGAAGAAUGGAUUUCGAUGUGGAACGACUACGCGCUCAACCCUUCGGCAGCACUGAAGUGGCAGCAGCUAUACUGCCACUUCAUGUUCCAGCUGGAGGACGCCAGCGCCGACGGCUCUAUCGACUGCGACGAAUUCACGACCGUCUGCUCCUCUUACGGCAUCGACACUCAAGAGUGCAAAGUUGCCUUCAGUAAGAUGGCUAGGGGAAAGAGCAGUGUAUCCUGGGAGGAAUUCCAGGAACUUUGGAAAGAGUAUUUCUCUACGGAGGACCCCAACGCUGCUGGCAACUUCAUUUUUGGCCGAACUGGCUUUUAAAUCAAAUAACCAAGAAGUUGAAAUAAAAACCCUUCAACCGCCAUGAAGGCAUCGAGGAUCUAAGACGGCCAAUAUUCCUAAAUGUACCACCAUAUUUGAUUCAGACACGUCAAGAGGAGUUUGAAAACUGACAAUUCCUACAUUACAAUCGCUUAGGUGAUAAACGCGCGACAUCCGGUGUCCAAUAUCCUGAAAUUAAAUGAUUUUAAGUGUGUCUGUGUUCAGAAUUAAUAAUGUAAUUCCUAAUACUAUUUUUCUUGAUAGCGGAUCAAUUUGUGAAUUUGAAGGUAAUUUUAAUCAACUUUUACUAUAAAGCUCAAGCGUUUAUGUACUUAAAAAUGUGGCUAAACUUAUAGUUGGCUAUUAAGUUGGUUAAUGCAUCGUCAGUAGUGUAAGUUUUUCCAACGUAUAAGCUGUCAGCUUCAAAAUUUGAAACAAUUUGGUACUGACCUCUCUCUCGGUUUUAGCAUUUGAGGUACAGAGAAUAAGGCGAUUAAACAAUAUAUGAAACAACGGUUUUCAAAUUGUACAUGAGUACAAUAAAGCUUACGAACCAACUCUAAGUUAACUACAAGUUUGACACUUGAUCUACUUAGUAUUUCUUGAAUCUUAGAGUCUAAUGCAACAAAUGGAUUUAUCACUAUUACAUUGGAUAGCAUAUCUGUAGUCAUAUCUUAUGAUAAUUCUACUCAUGUUCUAGAAUGUUCCGUCACAAUGUAACCCGAA